AGGUGUCAAAUAAAAAAAAAAAAAAAAAAACAACGCUUAAUCAUACCGUUCAAGUUUACCAGAAGAAAAAGACUAGUUAAAUUUUUAAAAAAUUAUUUAACCAGAAUUUAAUGAUAAAAUGAAAAAUAAUAAUAAAAAAAAUAUUAUUAAUGGCAAGAUGGGUGGUUAUGUAAAUGAAGGAAUGACCGGUUCACAAACUCAUUUGGAUUUUUCAACAACAACAAAUGAUACACACAUUUUACAAAAUAAUAAUAAUAACAAUAAUAAUAAUGAUAAAUUGCCUGGACUUAAUGAUGAUCAACAAAGUUCAUUUGAUUUUAUUUUGGUUGGAGAACCAGGUGAUGAUGACAAAAAUAAUGACAGUGUAUUUAAAUCAGCAUUUGAGUAUGCAGCUCAUCGUAUUAAAAAGGGAUGUACCAAAAAAAUGUUACACAAACGUUUACCAAUAUUACGAUGGUUACCAAAAUACAACAAGGAUGAUGCAGUUGGUGAUUUAGUUGCUGGUAUAACAGUUGGUUUGACUGUGAUACCACAGUCGUUAGCAUAUUCACGUGUUGCUGGUUUACCAGCUCAGUAUGGAUUGUAUGGUAGUUUUUUAGGAUGUCUUAUAUAUAUAUUAUUUGGUUCAUCAAAGGACAUUGCAUUUGGACCAAGUGCUAUUGUUUCUCUGUUGACAUUUCAAACAAUUUCACAUCUUAAUGAAGGUCCAGAUAGAAUUCAACAUGCUAUUUUACUUUGUUUAUUAUCUGGAGUUGUUGAAUUACUCAUGGGAAUAUUUGGAUUAGGAUUUGUAAUUGAUUUUGUAUCUGGUCCAGUUAGUUCUGGUUUCACAUCAGCAGUUGCAUUAAUUAUUGUAAGCACACAAAUGAAAGAUAUACUUGGUAUUAAUGCAAAAGGUUCAACAUUUGUUGCUGUAUGGAAAAGUAUACUUGCUGAAAUACAUAAUUAUUCAGUUUAUGAUGCUUUACUUGGUGUAUCAUGUAUUGUAAUACUAUUAACUCUUCGUCGUAUUGCUGCUAUUAAAAUUGGACCAAAUCAGGAAGAUUGUAGAAAAACAAAACAUCGUGUAUUGACAAAAUUAAUUUGGCUAUUUGGUACAUCAAGAAAUGCUAUACUUGUCAUUGCAUGUGGUGUUAUUGGUUAUUAUUUUGGAACAACAAAUAUAGAUUCACCAUUUAAAAUAAUUGGUGAAUUACAUUCUGGUAUGCCUGAUGUGAUGUUUCCAUCAUUUGGAUAUUCAAAUGGUACAACUGAAUUUACAUUUUUCGACAUGUGUCAAAAUUUAGGAAGUGGAUUAUUUGUUCUUCCUCUUAUUUCGCUGAUGGAAGACAUAUCAGUUUGCAAAGCAUUUGGUAAUGGACAACCAGUUGAUGCAACACAAGAAUUAAUAGCACUUGGUGUUUCGAAUAUUGGCUGUUCACUUGUUCAAUCAUAUCCUGGUACUGGAUCAUUGAGCAGAGGCGCUGUUAACAAUGCUUCAGGUGUUAGAACACCCUUUGGAGGAUUUUAUACUGGUAUUCUUGUUAUUCUUGCACUUUUAUUUUUAACACCGUGGUUUGGAUAUAUUCCACGUGCAUGUUUAGCAGCAAUAAUAAUUGCUGCUGUUAUUUUUAUGGUUGAGAUUAAGGUCAUUAAACCCAUGUGGAGAACUAAAAAAUCUGAUUUACUACCAGGUAUUGCAACAUUUAUUGCUUGUUUAACACUACAAUUAGAAAUUGGUAUUCUUGUUGGAAUUGGUGUUAAUGUUAUCUUCAUACUUUAUCAUGCAGCAAGACCAAAAAUUUCACUUGAAAAACUUAAGAGUCGUUGUGGUGUUGAAUACUUGAUGCUAACACCAGAUCGUUGUUUGAUAUUUCCAUCAGUUGAUUAUGUACGUAAUUUAGUUACAAAAUAUGGUCGUUGUGCUGGUAAUACACCAGUUGUUCUUGAUUGUUCAUAUAUUUAUGGAGCUGAUUAUACUGCUGCAAUUGUCAUUGAAAGUUUAACUAAGGAUUUUGCAAAACGUGGACAGCCAUUAUUUUUUUAUAAUCUUAAACCAUCAGUGUAUUCAGUAUUUGAAGGUGUUGAACCAACUGAUUUUGUUGUUUAUUAUACUGAAGAAGCACUUGAUGAUCUUCUCAAAGAACGAGGAUACAUCAAACAAGUAAAAUCAAAUCCAUCAAUUGCCUAAGCAACUUAAAUCUCACCUAUAUUUUUUAAUAGAUGGCUUUUUUUUUUUUUCGUUUACAUUUAUUUUUAGCAAUUAAUGUUGUACAUAAAUAUCAAGUAUUUUUUUGAAUUUACAUAUAAUUUUAAACACUUAAUUGAAAAAUGCAAGCAAUUUUACUUAUUAGAUAGUGGUGGUAAUGUCUUUUCGAUUUUAUUUCAAGACAGUUAUUACAAAUUCAAACAGAAAUAAUUUUUAA